GAGCGCCAGGGCCACUCCGCUCAGUGUCUCUCACGACACGGUCAACAGCGGACGGCGGCGGAGGCGGUGUGGCGACGGUGGUGCUACGAGUGAGAAACAAACAAACAAACAAACAAUGAACUGACACCAAGUGCGAUACAAGAAAAAAACAAACAAACACAAAAGUUGAGGGCAAGGCGAAAGAAAGAAAACACUAACAAACAAACAAACAAACGAUGAACUGAAACCAAGUGCGACAGAAAGAAGAAACAAAAACAAAACAGAACAAAACAAAACAGGACACAAAAGUCGAGGAAAAGACGAAAGAGAGAAAAAGAAAAAAAAAAACUUAGUUAAUUAUUCAAGCGUGGUAGAGCGACUCGGACAGAAAUUGCGGUGGUGUUGGUGGUGGUGUUAGUGGUGUUGUUGUUGUUGUUUCUGGUGGUGGCUGAUGAAGUGAAGAGGAUGACCCCGCUGCUGCUGCUGAUGAUGACGAUGACGGAAAAUUAGGUCACUCUUAUGCGAGAGGUGAGGUCACGGUGAAUGCGACACACUGAGCUCCUGACCCCAAUUAACCUCAUCUAGCUCCCACUAUGCAGAACACAAAAGGCCCAAGGAGGAAGUGAACAAUGGCGUCGCUCGAGUGAGUGGAACGUCGACUCUAAAUUCCAUUACUAACAGGAGGACCCUCGACUUAAUAAUACAUACAAGAGAAAACGAGAACGAGAAAACGAAGACCCAACGAAACCUCAGAAACAAACAGUGCAACCAGAGUAUGUUUAUUGGCGACUUAAAUUGAACCAGACACCCCACAUUACACUCUCUCGCUCUCGCUCUCUCUCUCUCUCUCUCUCUCUCUCUCUCUCUCUCUCUCUCUCUCUCUCUCUCUCUCUCACACACACACACUGGAGGAAGGUGUUGUGUCGCGGAGGGAAGAAAAGAGGAUUAGUGGAGGAAAAAGGACGUGAGAGGGAAGGAGUCGUUUUGAGAAGAGGGACGAGUGGGAAGGAGAAAGGAAGGAGGAGGAGAAGGAGGAGGUGGUGGGAGAAGAACAAAAAGGUGGUUGGUGAGAAGAGCGCGCGCGUGCAAAUUUGGAAAAGAAGGUAGAGUGGAAAUAUAUUCAUUGUCCUGAGAGCCUGCAGGUAAAAUAUAUAUAUGAUACGGUGAGAGUUGUGAAGGAGGAAAUGGCUUAGGAGAGAAAGAGAGAAAGGAAGGAAAGUGUCGCAAAGUACAGAGGGUACGAGAGAAAACGGAAGGGCUCACGAAAGAGAAAGAAAAGAAUGUGAGUGAAGUGAAACGUGUGACGAAACGAAAGGAAAGCGGAAAAGGAAAAAAAAUGUAAUAAAGAGGAGACGAGGCUGGUGAGUAAGGAAACAUCAGCUGCCUCCCGUGGUGCCUCCCCGCUAGACCUGGCUGGUAAAGGAAAGGAAGGAGAGAGUGAAGGAAGGUGAUAGUGAUGCUUGUGGCGUGUGGAGGCUGAGGGGCGGGAGGAGGAGGAGGAGGAGGAGGAGGAGGAGGAGGAGGAGGAGUUGGUGUUAGCGAGACAUGAGCGCUCUCGGCAUGGUGUCACAGAUCACGUCCAGCAAGAGACUGAGUGAUGGACUGGAGGAGGCAGGCAGGGAGGAAGUGGAGGAGGUGGAGACAUGGGAAAUGUGGAGUACUUUACCUCCACUCACCAGGCUGACGAGGGAGCCUGAGGUGGAGGAAACUUUACUGGAGGGAUUCAACCUGACGGAGGUGGCGGCGGCGGCGACUACGGGGUGGGAGGCGGCCGUGGGCGGGGCUGGGAGGAGUAUCCUGGCUAUGGAGGAGUGCGCUGCGCUGCGGCUCCUGAACCACACGCUGCCCAACACCACGGCCUGCCUUGAACACGCCCCGCAGUUCACUGAGGAGUCCCAGGUUCGGAGCAUCGUGCUGGCCGUCAUGGCGGUGCUCUCCCUCAUCGGCAACACGGCCACCAUCGUCAGCAUCGCCCGAGAGAAGCGACGUUCACGCUCCACGGUGUACACGCUCAUUCACCACCUCUCCGUCGCCGAUCUCUUCGUCACGUUCGCCUGUCUGACCACCGAGGCGGUAUGGACGUUCACGGUGCAGUGGCUGGCCGGGAACUUCAUGUGUAAGCUCAUCAAGUUCAUGCAGAUGUUCAGCCUCUACCUGUCCACCUUCAUCCUGGUGCUGAUCGGCGUGGACAGGUUCACGGCAGUGCGAUACCCGAUGCGUCGCUCAGACACUCAGCGCCAGUGCAGCUACGGCAUCAUCUUUGUCUGGGUGCUCAGCGGCGUCCUCAGCAUCCCACAGGUAAGCAGAAUGAUGCUCUCUUUUUACGUUUUCUUCUCCUCUUGUCUCCUGUGUGAGGCAGGUGAGAUCCGCUGGGUCACCUUUUGUUUCCUCGCGUCGACGAGUGAUUUUUAA